CUGAAGUCAUUGUUGAAAUGUGACUGCCUGAGUUUAUAUCUUUUAUGGCACAUAAUGAUAAUAACAACUGAUUCGGGAUGUCCAAGUGCCAAGCAAUUAGCAGGACACCACGAAUGGACAGCCAAGGAUUUGCAACGCAUGGAACUGCACAUCCUGGGUAAACUAGGCUGGUGUGUCACAACCGUCUCCUACUUGGACUACCUGCCGUUGUUUGCUGUUCUCUAUGGGGUUAAUGUGAACUUGGUGUACAGCGACAAAAUUAUGGCUCUGGCAGAGAGGUGCUUGUCCAAACAGUCCACAGUUCUCAUGCAGCCUGGUGUCCUUGCUCACGCACUUCUACAACACGUGAUUGCUCCUGAGGUGCACAGUCCUCUAGAGUCACAAGUUCUAGUCCACUGCAAUAUACAAGAAUCUGACGUGCACCAGUGCAAGCAGCUGCUGGUUCACCUUUCAUCAUCUCCAUAUUCUUCACCAACUUCAUCGCCUGCUAGACCAAAGUUUCCACUUAAAAUGUUCGACAAGCCUAGUGAGAUGGGUGUCACCUGCCUUCCAACCAUUGUAGAGGAGCCAUCGGCCUAA